AUGAAGUGAUUGAGAGACACGGCGAACACCUCCAUCGGUAGACAGGAAACCAUGGACCAGCCGUUCACUGUGAACUCCCUGAAAAAGUUGGCUGCUAUGCCUGACCAUACAGAUGUUUCCCUGAGCCCAGAGGAGCGAGUCCGCGCCCUGAGCAAGCUUGGUUGUAAUAUUACAAUCAGCGAAGAUAUCACGCCGCGCCGCUACUUCAGAUCUGGAGUAGAAAUGGAGAGGAUGGCGUCUGUGUAUUUGGAAGAAGGGAAUUUGGAAAAUGCCUUUGUUCUUUAUAAUAAGUUUAUAACCUUGUUUGUAGAAAAGCUCCCCAACCAUCGGGAUUACCAGCAGUGUGCAGUUCCCGAGAAGCACGACAUCAUGACGAAACUGAAGGAGAUUGCAUUCCCAAGGACAGAUGAAUUGAAAAAGGACCUUUUAAAGAAAUAUAACAUAGAAUACCAAGAAUAUUUGCAAAGCAAAAACAAAUAUAAAGAAGAAAUUCUCAAAAAGUUGGAGCACCAGAGGUUGAUAGAGGCAGAAAGGAGGCGGAUUGCGCAGAUGCGGCGGCAGCAGCUGGAAUCCGAGCAGUUUCUGUUUUUCGAAGAUCAACUCAAGAAGCAGGAAUUAGCCCGAGGUCAGAUGCACAGGCAGGAAGGCCCGGCCGCCCCGGCUGAGCAGAUCGAUGGAAGCUCGCUGUCCUGCGUCUCCACGCACCACAACAACGCCGUGCUGAACGUGUUUGUGGAGCAACCGAAGAAGAGCGGCGCCACCAGCCAGGCUGCCCACUCGCCUCCCGUGAACAGGGCCUUGAAGCCGGCGGCCACUCUAAGUGCGGUCCAGGAUUUAUUGGUGGAAGGACUGAGAUGUGUGCUCUUACCAAUGGAUCUCUGCCACAAAUUUCUGCUGCUGGCAGAGUCUAAUACAAUCAGAGGAAUGGAAACCUGUGGAAUCGUCUGUGGAAAACUGACACAUAAUGAAUUUACUAUUACCCACGUAAUAGUGCCAAAGCAGUCUGCAGGACCAGACUACUGCGACAUGGAGAAUGUGGAAGACUUAUUCAGUGUUCAGGACCAACACGAUCUCCUCACUCUGGGAUGGAUUCACACACAUCCCACCCAGACGGCAUUCUUAUCCAGUGUGGAUCUUCACACCCACUGUUCCUAUCAGCUCAUGUUGCCAGAAGCUAUUGCCAUUGUUUGCUCCCCAAAGCAUAAUGACACUGGCAUCUUCAGGCUCACCAAUGCUGGCAUGCUGGAAGUUUCUGCCUGUAAAAAGAAGGGCUUCCAUCCACACACCAAGGACCCCAGGCUGUUCAGUAUAUGCAAACAUGUGCUGGUAAAAGACAUAAACGUAAUUAUGCUGGAUCUCAGGUGAUAUGCUCGGAAGAUUAGCACUGUCAGUUCCAGACACCUACCCGUGGACAGGUGGUUGCCGGAUUUUCUUAAGCUGUUUUCAGAAAUGACUGAUAUUUUAUAUUUAUACAUUUUGGAUCAGAAAGUUUGAUAUUUAUUGCUCUCUUGCACAUUUGACUUCUCCCCCCCAUGUUUGGUUGUUCAAUCUCAAGAGAAGUUGAGAAGUUAUGUAUUCAGUACCUAUUAAUGUACCCAGAUACUAUGACCUGAUAAUAAAUUGUGCUGCAAACAACAAAA